CAUAAUAAAUCUCAAAUAUGUCAAAGCAGGCCACCGUCCAUCCAUCCUUUUGGAUUAUUUUUUCUUUGUUUAAUCCCUAAUGCCUUUGUCAUAGCUAUGUUCUACUAACUUUUUAUUACUCCGGGUGGUUGGCCAUUUUGAUUUUGGUGUGCUCCACAAUUUCCUUUUCUUUUACUUGAGGGAACUGUCUAUAUCUCGUGAUAUCCUUCAGAAAAAAGACUAAAACUUCACUUUAUAUGGCUACUACCCUACCCAGAACAAAUGAAAGACCUUGGCUUGCCACUUUAGUAAUCUAGUAUCACUACUUCCUCUUCGAAAGGACAUUUCUUGUCCUCUCUGUUUCCUCUCUCGGAGUUUAUAAACUUUAAGAUUUGAAGGUCGCUUCCUCUCUGUCUCUGCGGUUGUCUCCUUUUAUUUUCUAUCAUGACAGAAUUAACUUCCAAGUUCUCAGACUUGAAAAGUUCUUCCUGCCCGUCCCUUUAGCCCUGCUCUCUCCUCCAUUUCUAACAGUUGUUCGUCACAUUGGGUUUUAUUUUACUUUUGUUGGUAAUCUGAUCCUUCUACAGUUACCAACGCAUUAAUUGCAAUUGGAGGCGUCAUCAUGAAUUUAAAUUGUUUUCUGCUAAUUCUGUUCGUCUGCUUUAUUGGACAAUCUUCAGAGGAGCAGAGACAAGCUUAUGAGGUGAAGAUUGGAGCCAUCUUUUCUUUUGGCACCACCAACGGCAAGGUUGCUAGAAUCGCAAUGGAAGCUGCUGUCCAAGACGUCAAUUCUGAUACCACUCUUCUUGACGGAAGAAAACUUGCUCUCACCCUCCAUGAUUCAAACUACAGCGGAUUCCUUGGGAUCAUUGGAGCAUUACAAUUCAUGGAGACCGAUACAGUAGCUGUGAUUGGCCCUCAAAGUUCUGUAAUGGCCCAUGUACUCUCUCACCUUGCGAAUGAACUCCAUGUCCCGCUCCUUUCUUUCACAGCAUUGGACCCCACACUCUCACCUCUUCAGUACCCCUAUUUCAUUCAGACUGCCCCCAGUGAUCUUUUUCUAAUGACUGCCGUAGCCGAUAUGAUCAGUUAUUUUCAAUACAGAGAAGUCAUUGCAAUUUUCUCAGACGAUGAUCAAGGUCGAAAUAGUAUUGCCGCUCUAGGUGAUAAACUUGUUGAGAGACGUUGUAAGAUUUCUUACAAGGCAAUUCUUCCACCUGAACUCAUGUCUAGUCGUGACCUGAUCGUGGCUGAGUUGCUCAAGGUUAAAUCAAUCGAAUCCCGAGUUAUUGUUCUACAUACACUAUCCAUAACAGGUCUCAAGGUUUUUGAGGUUGCCCAGGAGCUUGGCAUGAUGACGAGUGAAUAUGUUUGGAUUGCUACUUCUUGGCUUUCCGGUGUCCUUGAUUCGACUUCAGUUUCAACAAAGGUGGCUAGCUCUAUACAAGGUGCUCUCACCCUUCGGCCCCAUACACCUGAUUCCCAAAAGAAGAGGGCUUUUGUAUCAAGGUGGAACAAGUUGAGCAAUAGCUCCGUUGGUUUGAAUGCCUACGGUCUAUACGCCUAUGAUACUGUUUGGAUGAUUGCUUACGCAGUUAAAGAGUUUUUAGAUCAAGGAGGCAAAAUCUCCUACUCAAAUGAUUCUAAUUUGGACAGUUUUGCUGGAGAGACGAUGAACCUUGCUGCACUUAGCAUUUUUGAUGGUGGUAAGAAGUUGCUUAGUAACAUAUUAAAGACCAACAUGACAGGGGUAAGUGGUCCCAUUGCAUUUAAACCAGAUAGAUCCAUGUUCCGUCCCUCGUUUGAUAUUCUCAAUGUAGUUGGCAAAGGAUGGUUAAGGCAAAUAGGAUACUGGUGUAACUACUCUGGGCUAUCCGUUGUGCCUCCGGAGUCUCUUUAUGCCAAACCAGCUAAUAGGUCAAGUGCAACUCAACGGUUGGAUCAGGUUAUAUGGCCAGGGAAAACUAAAAUCAGACCGCGUGGAUGGGUAUUUCCAGACAAUGGGAGGCCGUUAAGGAUUGGAGUCCCAAGGAGAGUGGGCUUCAGAGCUUUUGUUUCAGAAAAGGAAGGUAGUGGAGUGGUCCAAGGAUAUUGCAUAGAUGUCUUCCUUGCAGCCUUGAAGUGUCUUUCAUACCCUGUGCCACAUCAAUUCAUCAUUUUUGGAGAUGGACACAAAAAUCCAAGCUAUACUCAGCUAGUAAACAUGAUCACAGCCCAUGAAUUUGAUGCUGCAGUUGGUGACAUUACAAUUGUCACGAACCGCACAAAGAUAUUGGAUUUUAGUCAACCAUACAUAGAGUCAGGGUUAGUGGUGGUGGUACAUGUGAAAAAGAUGAGGUCGAUUGCUUGGGCUUUCCUGCGGCCAUUUACUCCCCUGGCGUGGGGAGUCAUAGCCGCUUUUUGCCUUGUUGUGGGAACCGUAGUGUGGAUACUAGAGCACAAAUUUAAUGAUGAAUUUCGUGGCCCCCCAAAGAAGCAGGUGGUCACAAUUUUAUGGUUUAGUUUCUCAACUAUAUUUGGAGCCCCGAGAGAAAACACAGUGAGCACAUUAGGUCGAAUUGUACUGCUUAUAUGGCUAUUCGUCAUCUUGAUAAUUACGUCGAGCUAUACCGCCAGCUUGACAUCGUUUCUAACGGUUCAACAGCUUGCAUCAUCUAUCCAAGGAAUUGAAUCCUUAGUAACAAGCAAUGACGCAAUUGGGUACCAGGUAGGCUCUUUUGCUGAGAACUACUUAUUUGAAGAAGUCAACAUUGCAAAGUCUAGGCUUGUUCCUCUUGGAUCACCAAAAGAAUAUGCUGAUGCCCUUGAACAAGGAAGAGUUGCUGCUGUGGUCGAUGAACGUCCAUAUGUGGAUCAGUUUUUAUCAACUUACUGUGGGUUCCAAAAAGUUGGCCCAGAGUUUACCAAAAGUGGAUGGGGAUUCGCAUUUCCGAGAGACUCACCCUUAGCUAUUGACAUGUCAACUGCAAUCUUGCAAUUAUCUGAGAAUGGAGAGCUAGAGAAGAUUCACAAGAAGUGGUUAAACAGAAAAGUUUGUGGAGGGCAGAACUCUGAAGCAGAUUCAGAGCAGCUUCAGUUGAAGAGCUUUUGGGGUCUAUUCCUCAUUUGUGGAGUUACUUGCUGUUUUGCUCUGAUUGUAUAUUUCUGCUUCAUGUUGCGGCAGUUCAAACGACAUUUUCCUGAAUUAACGCAGCGUUCUACUUCUACUAGAACUAGAAUAUCACAUUCAAUACGGCUUAAGAAGUUUUUGUCUUUUGUGGAUGAGAAGGCAGAAAUAUCUGCAAAUAGGUUGAAAAGAAAGCGGAUGGAAAUGGAAAACCUUUCCACUAGCUAAUGCCGAUCAUCAUCGAAGCUUGAAAUGAUGAACAUUUUCCAAAAGAGAGACUGUGAAAUGUUCUCCUUUGAUUCUUGUUCAUCUUAUCAUGUAACAACGGAAUGUAGAGAACAUCUAGUGUUCGAAGAAUUAACCCAAUAACUUUGUAAUUUAAUAUAAUAAGAUGUUAAGUUUUAGGAUAUUGAUGUACAGCUCCAAUAACUCUAACAAAAGUGGGUUGCUCUAGUGGAGAGCACACAGCCUCUUUAUCCAGGGUAGAGAUAAGGUCCAGGGUAGAGAUAAGGUGUGCGUACAAACUACCCCAUCACACUUCACUAGUGGAAUUAUUCACUAGUGGAAUUAUACUGGGUUGUUGUUGUUGUUGUUGUUGUUGUUGUUGUUGAUGUACAGCUCCACAAAUAUGGAAUAAGA